CUGGCCGACGGCGGGCGUUUCUGCACACGCACACUCUCUCUCUCACACACAUACACACACACACUUUUCUUUUUCAUCACGAGUGACCUUGAGCGCAUUCCGCAAGCAUUUGCUGAGAUUAAUCGCACGGCGCGGAAACUGCGCAGUGCCUACGGUUUGGCUCUGUUCAUCUUUCCUGUUGGGGAUGCGUUGUCGACUUUAACCGGAUUGAAUUUUAGUGAUGGCCUCAGCCAUAAAUGCCACGAAAUAGGCACCCCAAAUCUGUUUACGCAGUUGCUUCAGGCUUAUCUGCUUUUUAUGAUUUGUGGGUUGGGAUUCCUGGUUUUGGAGAGGGUUUUCCAUGCAUGUUUAAGUAGCAAAUACAGAUCUGCUGUACGUCAGAAAGCAACCCUCAAUACAUUUAAGUGUUAAAGGAUUGCGCUGUAUAACAUGACUUCUGCCAAAGACGACAUACCUCCCCAAAUGCAAAUUCCUAUAUAACUUCUGUUGGAAUUUUCUGGAAGGACCUCUGCGGUCUGAAGGGAUUGAUGGAGAGUACAGUAAUUGCUUUCUACAUAGCUUUUGUUAGGAAAUGAAAACUAAACCUGUACUUGAGGGUGUAUGUACCAGGGCAGAUCGAGUCUGUUAACGUUCUUAGAGGUGAACUUUUAAGAGGCUGUGAAAUUUCAGAUGAGGGUCAAGUGAGAUGAGGAACCUUCUGCCCUUCCCCCAUUCUUGGGUAAGAGGCGAAUACCAAAAAAUUGUAGCUAGCAAUUUACAGAAGCUUUAUUAUCAGACUUGAUUUUGUUGUUUAGUAGCUAAGUCGUGUCGGACUCUUGUGACCUCAUGGACUAACCUACCAGGCCCCUGUGUUCAUGGGAUUUAACUUGAUAAUUACAUGUAAAGGUCGUUAAAUGUUUGUCAGAAUCGUCGAUAGUAGGUGUGUGUUUCUUGUGAGAAGAUAGAAUUUCUUUGAGUAGCAAAAUGGUUACUUCAAAAUGCUGUGAAAUGAGUUAAGGAAAGAGACCUUCAGUUAUCUCUGUGAUUAACUUAGAAUUUUUUUUUUUUUUUAAGAUUUUCGAUGAUCCCCAGAGUUUUGAUAGUACUGCUUCUUUAUUUACUAGUGCAGAAUUCAGUAGUAAUAUUUACUUUGUUUCGGGUAUAUAUAUGAAGCAGCGUUUAAGGUGGUAUCCUUUGUGACACUCAUGCUAAGAAAUGCUGCAAAAUCAAAGGAGUCCUCGGUCACCUUAGUUUGGGAAACAGUGCUGUGUUCUUUUCCUUUUCCCCCAGGGUCACAAUUCACAGUCCGAUUAAUGGUGCUGAGAAAUAGUACCAGCAUUGUUUUCCAUAUUUGACCUUAGAUACUUUAUUGUUUUUGGUGUAAUAUCUAGUAACACUCAUGAAAGCUAGGUAAUGGUGGAAUUGUUGGUCAUUGGUGUCCUUACAAGUAAUGGUACCACUGUUGUCAAUCGUGGAGUGGAAGGUUGAUGUGAUUUUUGCUUGCCUGUGCAUCCUGUGGGAAAGAGUACCUCAGAUUUGACUCUUACGUGUUGAUAUGAUACAAUUAUGAGCUAUUAAUUUGAAGUCUUAACUAGAAGAAAUCUAAUUAUGCAGUGUUCUCUUCUUCCCAAUGACUUACCUGGUUGUAUACAGUUAAACUCCAUUGGCUGUACUCCUUGUUAGCAUUUUUCUCCUCUGGUAUGUUAGAAACACGUAAAAAGGAUACUGCUGUUCCGAAAGAAUUAUGGUGGAUUAUUGCAGAGAUUAAAAAUAACAGUGUUGUUGGAUGUUUCUUUUGAAUUAGCAGAAUUCUAAUUUGUUGAGAAAAAUAUAUAUCAUGGAAAUACUUCCUUAUAUUUACUAGAUGCUUAAUUAUGUUUUCUUUCUUUCCUUUGAACAAAAAGAAAUUGGAAAUGGGGAAUCCAUUGUGAAAAAGAUGUGAGCUCUGGAGUUGGACGUGGAGAUCGAAUGGCCUUCAACUCUGAAGAGUUUGGGUUGAAAUCCAACCCCACUCCUUACUGGUCCAAAGCCACAUACCUGGUUCAUCACAUAGUCCUUCUAAGCGCUAUUCCUCAACUGUAAACUGGGAUGAAACCUAUCAUAGUACUUAAGAUUUCACGUAUUUUUGCUGAACUUGUUAAAAAAAAAAAGCGCUUGGGAUGAUGGAUUAACAAGAACAUUGAAAUUCUGUGAAAAGUUUCAAAUUGGAGCAUAUUGAAUUUUCACCCUAGUCCAGCAGCUGUGCUGCUCACUUAAAUACAGAUGAAUGAAGACCCCAUUCGGAAAGACACCUGGCCAGCGGUCCAGAGCUGAUGCAGGCCAUGCUGGUGUAUCUGCAAGCAUGAUGAAGAAAAGGACAUCCCACAAAAAACAUCGGAGCAGUGUGGGACCAAGCAAGCCUGUUUCCCAGCCUCGGCGGAACAUCGUAGGCUGCAGGAUUCAGCAUGGGUGGAAGGAGGGGAAUGGCCCUGUCACCCAGUGGAAAGGAACCGUUCUGGACCAGGUGCCUGUAAACCCUUCUUUGUAUCUUAUAAAAUACGAUGGAUUUGACUGUGUUUAUGGACUAGAACUUAAUAAAGAUGAAAGAGUUUCUGCGCUUGAAGUCCUCCCUGAUAGAGUUGCAACAUCUCGAAUCAGUGAUGCGCACCUAGCCGACACAAUGAUUGGCAAAGCAGUGGAGCACAUGUUUGAGACAGAGGACGGCUCUAAAGACGAGUGGAGGGGAAUGGUCUUAGCACGCGCCCCUAUCAUGAACACAUGGUUUUACAUCACCUAUGAGAAAGAUCCUGUCUUAUACAUGUACCAGCUCUUAGAUGAUUAUAAAGAAGGCGACCUUCGCAUUAUGCCCGAUUCUAAUGAUUCACCUCCAGCAGAAAGGGAACCGGGAGAAGUUGUGGACAGCCUGGUGGGCAAACAAGUGGAAUAUGCCAAAGAAGAUGGCUCUAAAAGGACUGGCAUGGUCAUUCAUCAAGUAGAAGCCAAACCGUCUGUCUAUUUCAUCAAGUUUGAUGAUGAUUUCCAUAUUUAUGUCUACGAUUUGGUGAAAACAUCCUAGAUGUCAUCACGAACUUUACCAAUUGUGGAACUAUUAAAUGUAUAAUUUGUAGACAUAAA